UUUUAUUAGUUAUAUCAGUUCGUUUUGAAAUUACUAGACGGUUUUAAAAGGUGAUUUGGGUUGUACGAUAAAGUGCUGUACGUUCUGUGAGUCACAUAUGUAAUAUACAUAUAUAUUUGUUACUGGUGAAUUUCGCGAUUUUAAAUAUACUACUGUCAGCAUGAUGCUUGAAAUUUUUUUCAGCAGAUGGCAUCAUAGUCACCUUUCUCGGUCCCUAUUUCUUUAGUCUUUUCGAAAAAUUCCACUAGGGGCCUCAUUUAUGUGCCUGAACUCACUUGUUAUUAAAAUUAGUACAGUAAGCAUACAGUAUACAGAUUCAGAUCAGACAUUAAUAGCCUGGCCCCAAGUUUCUAUCAUCAAUUAGUAGGAAACCUAAAGUGCCUUCUCUUUUUGUUACAUAUAAGGUUCUAUUUUCAAAUAAAUUUUUAAGAUGACACUCACAAGUAUUUGAGCGUAAAAAAAACUAUUUGUCCAAUUAUCACCUUUUUGAUUCUUUACAAGUUGUCAUUCUCGAAAGUCAAUAAACGGCUGUAAACUAAAAUGCUCAACGUAAAAAUAACAUUAAAACCAAGUUUGUUUUUAAGGCACAAGUGCAAUCGUUAAAAAUGGAUGAACUUCCAAAAAGCUUUAUUAGUGCUAUGCGAAUAUUAUUUGGGAUUAUGGACCAUGAAAACACUGGAUUUAUCAAAUAUGUAGACAUCGAAAAACGAUGGCAACAUGAUGGGACGCAAGAAUUACCUAAAGAUGUGCUUGAAAACUUAAAAAAGUUCACUUCACCCGAUGGAUUAUUAACAUUCGAACGCUUUUGCUCUGGUUUAAAAAUAUGUUUGCAACAAAAGCAAAACGGUAUUGAGUCUGUAAAUAAUCAAGGUCAAUUUAUAGCACCUCUUUCGGUGUCAAAUUCGAAAAUAAAUAAUCCUAUAAAAAAUUUAGUGACAUCUUCAAAUACAGCCACCAUACGACCCAACAAUGCUAUAUUACAGCAACGUACAUUUAGCAUGCCUCAAUUAUCGGAAUCACGUAAAGAUCCACGAAAUGUUUCGUUAGAUAUGUCUAAAGGAAGAUCAACUACUGAUAUAAAAACUGUCAAAAUAUUUGGCCCUCCAAAACCUCCGAGAACUGGUGCUGCUACUGAAGGCCGUAUAUUUAACACUGAUCGUAAUUUUGACAAAUUAGAAAUAAGAACAACGUUGCAUAAUUGGCAGGUUGGACUGAUGUUAAACGAAGAAAAAUGCCCUCAAAAAAAACAAGCAUCAAAUACAAACUAUAAUGUUGACGCCACAAGUUUAGCAAAGUCUCAAAAAAAUAUAAGAGAUACAAAAUUGAUAGAAACGCAAUCUAAUCAUUUUGGAAUUGCUCAAAAAAAAAGUAUCUCCAGGAAAAAAGAGUCUAGAAGGCAUACUUUGCAAAAUGGCAUUGAUUAUAAUAUGAUGAAAAGAAUAAAACAGAUUGAAGAAGAAAAAGACAUGUUGCUUCAAGGUUUUGGAGCUAUUGAUAAAGCUAGAGAUUGGUACUUACAACAAAUUUCCACAACUCAAGACAAAAUAAAGCAUCUUGGCGAAAUGGCUUCUUAUGUGGAACAAUGGACUGAAGCUCAACAGGAACGUUUAGAACUACAACGUGCACGUAUUCUUGAAGUGAAUCGUCAUUUAGCAGCUCUUAUAAACAGUUGGGAAAGAGGUGGUCUUCCUCUCCACAUGAAUUUAGCAUUUUUGAAUCGAUCUUCGCCACAACUAAAUCAAGAUAUACUAUCACGAUUAAAGCAUCAAAACUGCAGAUUAACUGAGGAAGUAAAUAAGCAAAACUAUAAAAUUAGUCUGCUUGAACAAGAGAAAGAUUCUCUCAUGCGAGAAUUAUACAAUCAUCAAUCAGGUAUAAUUCAAUCACGUCGAUCAACUACAAUUCAUGAGCAGCAUGAUCAGACAUUUAUCAUAUAAUUAUUAGUAAAAGGCAAUGAGCUCUUUUGAUAAAAUCGAAAUAUGAAAAGUUGUCAUUUUGCUGUAAACAAGAAAAUUUAUCUUUUAUACUGAAUCAAUGAACUUUAUUUUUUGUAACUUCAUGUAAAUCUGAUUUCAUAAACCUAUGUAUACGAAA